GCAGCUGAAUUUCCCUCACAGUGACACGGAAGAAGUGGAACGAUGAGAUGUGAGAUAAGAUCCUCGAUUGUUUACUAUUCAAGUUCCAGAUAACUGAAUUGUUCUCUGAUUAGAAGUAUGUGGCAGAUAGUAGUACCUCGGCUGCUCUGUACUGGGCUUGUUCUUGGAUGUCUGGUGUCAGGACAGGAUUCCCCGUCACUGCCAGACAUCGAAGACAAACAAUUCAUCGAUGACUGUGUGAAGAUGCACAACUCUGUGCGAUCUACGGUGAAAGAUGCUAGAGACAUGCUUUUUAUGACUUGGGAUGAGGGACUGGCCACCACAGCCAGAGCAUGGUCCAGAAAGUGUGAUUUCCAACACAACAUCUACCUGAAAGAGCCCAAGCGAGUCCAUCCCUCCUUCUCCUCUGUUGGAGAGAACAUCUGGACAGGAUACCCCACCUCAAUCUUCUCAGUACAAAGUUCUUUGAACCUGUGGGUUGCUGAGGUGAAAGACUACUCCAAUCAAAGCAAUACGUGUAUGCAGAGUAAGAUCUGUGGCCACUACACUCAGGUUGUAUGGGCUAGCAGCUACAAGGUUGGCUGUGCAGUCAACAUCUGUCCAAACGGAGUGGCUCGGACCAACUUUUCUACAAUAAAGGCAGCUAUAUUUGUGUGCAACUAUGCCCCUGCGGGCAACGUGGCUGGGAGGAGACCAUACAAGACUGGAGAUGCUUGUAGUGACUGUGAGGGUGAAACCGCCGAAUGUCAGGGGAACCUGUGCCGCAACCCAGAAAGAGAUGCACAAAAAAGCUACAGCUGGACUCCUGACUGGGACAACCUACCGGUAACUGGGACUACCUGCAUGUCCAUUCUGGUCAUCCGACCACUAGCCCUGCUCUUCACCUUCCUCUCUGCAUAUGGUGCAAAGCAAUACUACCCUGACAUCUUCUUCUAUGAAUAGAUUACGCAGUCUGGUGUUUCGUGAUCACUAUGCAUUUGGGAUGUGCCUCAAGAGACCAUAGGAUGAAAUUAGAAAAUGUUUGUAUGGUGUUACAUACACACUACAAUCACUUUAAAUACAUUAUCAUUUAUUUUGUACUUACAAAAUGUCCCAAUAUAAAGAGAGAACAGACAGCGAUGA